UAGGCCUUCUGGGAAGGGGGUGGCGUUCUAAAUAUUACAGACUCAAGGCCGGGGAAAGCCGAUUGGGACAGAAGCUACACGGUAAAGCACAGGGCGAGCUGGAGAGCAGGCAAUAUGAGCCAUAUACAUUGGUACUGAAGCGGUAGCCUUCCAGCCCUCAGCCUCGGAAUCACUGCUCUACAGAUGUGCAGGAGUCAUGUGCAGCCUGCUUUUCUGUAAACACUUACCUGAUAUCCCGAGAUGGUGCUCCUUGUCCUGCUCCUUCUUUCUUCAUGCAGGAUUUUAAAGAAAGAAGAAGGGAAGCAGAUCGCUUGCUGGCACGUACCCCGGGCCGAUACGUAUUUCCCUGAGCUGGGCAGAUAAUGACAGACCUGUUCUUGUGGUCCCUUUGCAACUGUUUUAAUCGAGUCCAGCUGCAAAAUGAAUAUAUCAGCAGUGUUCAAUGCGCUGCUCGUAUCCAUCAUGGCUGCAGUGUUGUGGAAACAUGUGAAGUUAUUAGAGCAGUUUUAUGUGAUUGAGGAGGAGCUGGAACUGACUCGGCAGUCUCAAGAGUUGUCGCAAGUGCGCAUUGAUUAUCAGGCAGCAUUGCAAGCGCUAGUGGAAGAUGGCACCAGAAUGGUAUGUUCUGGUAGGAUGCAUACAGACCGUGUUUGUCGCUUUGAGUCACUUUGCUACUCUACAGAGGCUGAAGAGUUUGUCUUCUUCCAUAGUAACUCCUCAAUUAUGUUGCCUAAUUUGGGCCCAAGACGUUUUCAGCCUGCAUUGCUAGAUUUGUCUUCAGUUGAUGACCACAACACACAGUAUUUUAACUUUAUAGAGCUUCCAGCUGCUGCUUUAAAAUUCAUGCCUAAGCCUGUCUUUGUACCAGACGUUGCACUGAUCAUGAACAGAUUUAAUCCUGAUAAUUUAAUGCACGUUUUCCACGAUGACCUUAUCCCUAUUUUCUAUACUAUACAACAGUUUGCAGACCUAGACUUUGAAUCUAGACUCUUCUUUAUGGAAGGAUGGAAUGAGGGCUUGCAUUUUGAACUUUAUAAGUUCAUGAGCAAUAAGCAGCCCCUGUUAAAAGAACAACUGAAAACACUAGGCAGACUUCUUUGUUUCACUAAAUCUUAUGUGGGGCUAUCAAAGAUCACAACAUGGUAUCAGUAUGGUUUUGUUCAGCCACAAGGUCCAAAAGCAAACAUACUGGUUUCAGGAAAUGAAAUUAGACACUUUGCAAAAUUCAUGAUGGGAAAAUUAAACAUAACUAAAGAUCAAAAUGCUGCAGAAGCAUAUAUUGUCUUAUUUAGCCGAUCAAUGAACCGACUAAUUGUAAAUGAGGCAGAGCUGCUCUUGGCUCUUGCUCAGGAGUUUCAGAUGAAAACGAUAACGGUUUCCCUUGAAGACCAUUCAUUUGCAGAUAUUGUACGGCUUAUUAGCAAUGCAACCAUGCUUGUCAGCAUGCAUGGUGCACAAUUAAUCACGUCUCUCUUCCUACCAAAAGGUGCCAUUGUGGUAGAGCUUUUCCCAUAUGGUGUAAACCCUGAACACUACACUCCAUACAAAACACUGUCAACACUACCUGGUAUGGAACUCCAAUAUGUUGCCUGGCAGAAUACUGAAGAGGAAAAUACAAUCGCUUAUCCUAACCGACCAUGGGAACAGGGGGGGAUUGUGCACCUAGACAAAACAGAGCAGGAACGUAUAAAGAAGAGCAAGGAAGUACCACGUCACCUCUGUUGCCGCAACCCUGAGUGGCUUUUUCGUAUUUAUCAGGACACAAAAGUCAACAUUUCUUCUCUGAUUCAAGUUAUCAAAAGUAAAACAAAACUUGGAUCUAGGAGACAAAAGUGGACACAAGGACUGUAUCCUGGGAAAGUGAGGGAAUCAAAAUGCCAAGCUUCUGCCCAGGGUACAGGUGAGGCCAAGCUGUUUGUGUCUUGGCAGAUCCCCUGGAACCUCAAGUUCCUGAAAGUAAGAGAUGUAAAAUAUGAAGUAUGGAUACAAGAACAAGGUGAAAACUCUUACAUGCCUUAUAUCUUAUCUCAGCAGAACUACACUUUUUCUGAGAAUAUUAAACCUUUAACAACUUAUUUAGUGUGGAUCAGAUGCAUUUUCAAUAAAACCCUUCUUGGACCCUUUGCAGAGGUUUUAGUGUGCAAUACAUAAGCUCCAAAGCCAAGCCUUGUUUAUUACAUUUCCCUCUGAGAACUGGCUCUGGGUGGGCUCACUGAAAACAGGAGGUACCCAGGGAGUGCAGGUUUUUCCAGGUCAUUUCAGCCAUGUCAAAUUAAUAAUGCAGUUCACUCAACUGCUUCAAAUGUGUAUUAGUUUAAUUUUAGUAACUUAUUGUAGAUGUUGCUGUAUUUAUCUAAAAUUGGGUGUCAUGUUGAUGAAUUGCUGGAUGUACAUAAUGUGUAUAUAUUGUAAUUUAAAGCUUUUAUAUGUAGAAAGGUUUCCAGGUUAUUUAUAUUACAAUGUGGCUAAUGUGAACUACUGAUCAUAGCUUUAGCUCUUUUACUUGUUGUAAAAGUCACGAAGAUGUACUUGUAAUGAUUGUCUCUCAGUAGCUUUGAUUUACUGUGUGCCAAGUUUUAUUACAGAUCUUUUUUUUUUUUUUUUUCUUGAAUAAUUUGUGCUUAUUUUUUUUCCGGUUCAGUAACAGUUUGUGCUACUACAUUUCUCAAAGCUUUAUUUUAUUUUUUUAAGGGCAAAGAAAUGUAUGAACCAACUUUAUCAUAAAGAUUUGACUUUGUAAAACUUA